AGUACCAAAGCUUCCUGUAGUGUGUAAACAUGCGCAUUGUAUUUAUUUAUUGAAUUAUAGCUCGACUAUAUUAUCAGUACCUGCAUAGCUUAAACACAGAGGCGGCAUUACCGCGUUCGUUAUUAAGAUGGAGACCGAAAAUCGACCCAAAAAGAGAUCCCAUGGGGAGGACGACAGGUCUGGCUCUGAGGGAUCAGAGGAUGAUGACUAUGUGCCGUACGUUCCUGUCAAAAUAAGGAAACAACAAAUGCUUCAGAAAAUGUUACGUCUGCGAGGAAAGGCAGUGGACGAGGAACAGAAGGACAGUGGGGAGGAGCAGAGGGACGAGGAUGAGGGUCUCGGUCCACGCUCCAAUGUCAGUCUCCUUGACCAGCAUCAGCACCUCAAGGAAAAAGCAGAAGCCCGAAAGGAGUCAGCCAAGGAGAAGCAGCUGAAAGAGGAAGAGAAGAUUCUGGAGAGUGUUAAAGAGGGCAGAGCUUUGAUGUCCGUGAAGGAAAUGGCCAAAGGUAUCAUAUAUGAUGAUCCAAUCAAAACUAGCUGGAAGGCGCCACGCUACAUCCUGAAUAUGCCCGACACUAGAAAUGACCGAGUGAGGAAGAAGUUUCACAUCCUGGUUGAUGGAGAUGGCAUCCCUCCUCCAAUCAAAAGCUUCAGGGAGAUGAAGCUUCCACCAGCAAUUCUGAAAGGUCUGAAAAAGAAGGGCAUUGUACACCCAACACCAAUUCAAAUUCAAGGAAUCCCUACAGUUCUGUCAGGUCGGGACAUGAUUGGCAUUGCCUUUACUGGCUCUGGAAAGACUUUGGUCUUCACUCUGCCCAUCAUCAUGUUUUCCCUGGAGCAGGAGAAAAGGCUGCCUUUCUUCAAGAGAGAAGGUCCAUAUGGACUCAUCGUCUGUCCUUCACGUGAGUUGGCGAGACAGACACAUGGCAUCAUAGAAUACUACUGCAAACUGCUGGAGGAGGAAGGAGCUCCUCAGUUGCGCUCUGCCCUCUGCAUUGGAGGGAUGUCUGUCAAGGAGCAGAUGGAGGUAGUAAAACAUGGUGUCCACAUGAUGGUCGCCACCCCUGGGCGUCUGAUGGACUUAUUGCAGAAGAAGAUGGUGAGUCUGGACAUCUGUCGCUACUUGGCUCUGGAUGAAGCUGAUAGGAUGAUUGACAUGGGCUUUGAGGAGGACAUCAGGACCAUUUUCUCCUAUUUCAAGGGACAAAGACAAACCCUGCUUUUCAGUGCCACUAUGCCAAAGAAGAUCCAGAACUUUGCAAAGAGUGCUCUCGUCAAACCCAUCACGAUUAACGUGGGCAGGGCAGGAGCUGCCAGCUUGGAUGUCAUCCAGGAAGUGGAAUACGUCAAAGAGGAGGCCAAGAUGGUGUACCUGCUGGAGUGUCUCCAGAAAACCCCACCUCCUGUAUUGAUAUUUGCUGAGAAGAAGGCUGAUGUAGAUGCCAUCCAUGAGUAUCUGCUGCUAAAAGGGGUGGAGGCUGUGGCCAUCCAUGGAGGAAAGGAUCAGGAGGAAAGAACAAAAGCCAUAGAGGCAUUCAAAGAAGGAAAGAAAGAUGUCCUUGUUGCCACAGACGUGGCCUCCAAAGGUCUGGAUUUCCCAGCGAUCCAGCAUGUAGUGAAUUAUGACAUGCCUGAGGAGAUAGAAAACUAUGUCCAUAGAAUUGGAAGAACUGGACGAUCUGGUAAAACUGGUAUCGCCACAACAUUCAUCAAUAAAGGCUGUGAUGAGUCAGUAUUGAUGGAUCUGAAAGCCCUGCUUAUUGAAGCCAAGCAGAAGGUUCCGCCAGUCCUUCAGGUGCUCCAGACGGGAGACGAGACCAUGUUGGAUAUUGGAGGGGAAAGGGGCUGUACAUUUUGCGGUGGUCUCGGUCAUCGUAUUACACUCUGUCCUAAGUUGGAGGCCAUGCAGACCAAGCAGGUCACCAACAUUGGGCGGAAAGACUACCUGGCUCAUAGCUCAAUGGACUUUUAAAGAGUUCCUCAUUAUAUGGAAAACUAUUCAAUACUCAAGAGACCAGAAAAACAUUUUCUGACGAAACUGUACAGUUAUGUGUCAUGUCAUUGAAGUAAGGAAGUGUAUUAUAAUCAUCACCUAACACAGUUGGCAGGUCCGUCAGAUGAAAUGAACAGUUACUUGCAUCUUUUUUUCCCCCAGCCCUAAUUUUUCUCAUACUUGUUCAGGAUGUGUUACAUAUUUUUUUACUCUGAUUGUAAAUAAAAACUGCUACAUCUGU